CCCAACAAAGGCUGAAUUCGGUGUGCUCGGCACACACCGGUUUCGCACUCGCCAUGCCGCCUCCGCCACCAGUGAGUUUGCCCAAAUCGGCACCCACCGGACAGGCGAAAGCCACAGGUGCUGGCUACGGUGCACCACCGGCGGCACCGAGCUCCCUGCCCAGCCGCCCAGCUCCACCGGCGCCUGGGGCCUUGCCAAGCAAGGCUCCUGCAGCGCCGAAGGGUGUGCCUGGCGCGCCCAAGGCCUUGCCCAAAGCUGAGGCAAAAGGCCGUGCGGCGCCACCCCCGCCACGGGCCUUGCCUGGAGUCGGAGCCCGCGCCGGUCCAUCCGAUUCAGGUUUCUCUGCACCGCCACCUCCGGCCAGUCUGCCAACGGCACCCAGCGCACCCAGUCGUCCAGCACCUGGAGCACCCACUGGGAUCCCGGCAGCUCCCUCGCGCCCUGCGCCGCCCUCGGCACCCACAGCACUGCCCAGUGGCGCACCAGGCGCCGCCGCCGGCGCCCCGCCAGCGGCGGAGCCGGCCGCGGCCGUGGCCGAGGAACAUGAAGAGGAUGCGCACGAUGAGUCUUGGAGGGAGUACCUCGAGGACGAGACGGAUGAAAGUCUUCCGAACGAUUCGGGCGAUGACUCGGACGAAGCCUCCACCGCGCCGCACGGCGAUCGCCACAAGAAUGACAUGGAGCUCUUGAUGAAGAUGCAGGCCAAGUCAACACCGAAAGGCAGCGGCGUAUUGCGUCCUUUCUGUAGCACUUCACACAUGGGGCGAAGGACAUUCUUCCUUUUUGUCUGCAACCGAACUGUUCGUCCUGCCCGCGCCGCAGAACGGAAGACCAGCACCACAUCGCCAUCCACACGCGAAGCGGAGGAAGUCGGCGUCGAGGAGGAGUUAGUCUCACAAGGAGGCACUGCCGAUGAGACGGUGGCUACAGCAGGUGGCUACCCAGCUCAAAAGAAGGGCCUCAUGUCUCGGUUGUUUGGCAGCAAGCAGAAGCACAUUGUGGAGGUGCAUGACUCGACUCGCGAAGCCACUCCGAGUCGGUUGCAUGAAGAAGUCAUUUGGGCGAUGGUGAAGAGGGACCUGUCGAAGAGAGGUGACACCUGGUAUGAACAAGAGCUGGCACGUCUAGGGAAGGAUGGCAUUCGUUGCACCAAAGUGGGCACGAAUGGAAAACCCUAUGAGCGCUUUGUCUAUUUGGACUCACGCAACCUCACCUUGGAGAUCCGGGGUGGCCGCUCCGGCACGUCAGGUGUCAUGAUGGAUGACUUGGUGGAUAUCCGGCAAGGAUUGAGUAGUCCCGACUUCCAGCAGUUCGUGACGAAAUUGCACAUGGACCCGCACGGUGGCCUUGAGAGCAAAUCCUUGGUCCUCCAGACGCCACAUCGCACGUUUUCCUUCAUCAUGUCAGACCAGUCCCAAAGGGACACCUGCGGAUACUGCAUCCUCUACCUCUUGAAGAUCAAGAACCGAGGUGUGAUGGCUGCAAGUAGCUCGCCAGCGGUGAAAGCAAGUCAAGGUCCAAAGAGCGGGACGGGCAAAGUGACCUAUCCGAACCGCUCGACCUAUGAGGGACAGUUUAACAACUCGAUGCGGCACGGGCAAGGGGUCUUGACCUUGUCCGAUGGCACACGCUACGUGGCGCAGUGGAAAAAUGACGAGAGACAUGGAGAGGGCAAGGAGUUUUGUCCCGACGGGACGACCUUCGAAGGCCACUAUGUUGCUGGAAUGCGACAUGGCUAUGGUGUCAUGAAAUGGCCCGAGGGCUCGAAAUACUCCGGCAUGUUCGAACGGGGGAGAGCCAAUGGACAGGGAGAACUCCUACGCACCGAUGGCUCCGUCUACAAGGGUCAGUUCUGCGAGGAUUGCAUGUCUGGCGAGGGCCGCAUGCGCUGGCGUGACGGCGUGGAGUACAUCGGCCAGUUUGUUGCCAACAAGCGGGAAGGCUACGGCACAAUGACUUGGAUGAGCGGCAGGUGGAAAAAAUAUUCUGGCCAGUGGAAGGAUGGCAUGCAGAACGAGAUAGGUGUCUUGGUGGAUCACAACGACCAGGAGUUCAAAGGCUAUUUCAAGAUGGGCAAGUUAGACUAUUGGAUCGACGAUCGCUAGGUGAGUCGAAACGGGUGGCCUGACUGGAGCUCGGCGAAUCGAUUUCGCCUGUGGAUGGCUGCGCGGAGCCGCGGGAACUGGAACGGAGCAAACUCGGAUGAUGUAUCCGAUCAUGCUGACAUGCAACAUACCAG